AUGGUUCCUCGGUUGUACCCCAACUGGUGUGCGCCGGUGUCGCUGUGUAUACUGGUUUUAUCUGUGUCGAUGUGGGGGCCGACAUUGGCAGGUCGGAGUUGCAGCGACACUCGACAGGUGUACGCAGAGAAGGGAUAUAGCCUCAAUACUGCUCCGAUGACCCAAAUAUCCGGUGAACAUCUGCGACUUUGUCCCCAAGACUAUACCUGCUGUUCCAGUUUAAUGGAGGAGACACUAGCGCGCCAGAGUGAGAGCGACUUCCUGUUUGCCAUUGAAGACAACAGCCAGUUUCUGGUGACCACACUUACUCAGCGCCAUCACAAGUUUGAUGAGUUCUUCAGAGAACUCAUUGACUUGGCUGAGAACUCCAUGAACCAGAUGUUUACAAAGACCUACGGCCGCCUUUACACGCAAAAUGCACUCGUGUUCCAGGAUCUGUUCACUGAAUUGCGUCAGUACUAUACAGGGGGCAGUGUAAGUCUGGCAGAAGUUUUGUCUGAGUUCUGGUCACGGCUGGUGGAACGGGUGUUCUCUCUGGUCAACCCACAGUACCAGUUCAGUGAAGAGUAUCUUGAAUGUGUCAGCAAACAUGCAGAACAGCUGCAGCCCUUUGGAGACCUCCCACGCAAAUUGCGCAUACAGGUGUCCAGGGCUUUCAUUGCAGCCAGAGCACUGGUUCAGGGACUUGCCACAGGCCGUGACAUUGUUAGCAAAGCAAUCAAGCUGUCUGCAGGGACAGAGUGUGUGCAAGCAUUGAUGCGUCAGUGGUAUUGCCCUCUGUGUCGUGGAAUCCCCACCAUCAAACCUUGUUAUUCUCUGUGCCUAAAUGUAAUGAAGGGCUGUCUGGCCAAUCAAGCUGAUCUGGACUCUGAAUGGAACAACUUUAUUGACUCGUUGAUAAUGGUGGCAGAGAAAUUGGAGGGUCCAUUUAAUAUUGAACUAGCUGCAGACUCCAUUGCUGUUAAAGUCUCAGAGGGUAUCAUGCACAUGCAGGAGAACAGUGUCACCACCUCAACCAAGGUGUUCCAGGGCUGUGGCAGUCCAAAGCCUGCCCCAGGUCGCUCCAAACGGUCCACUAGAGACCAUCGUGAUCGUGACAGAGACAGAGACAAAACCAGCAGGAGACCCUUCAGAAAUUAUAGCCCUGAAGAGAAACCCACCACUGCCGCAGGGACAAACCUUGACCGACUGGUAUCUGAGCUAAAAGAACGUCUCAGACCAAUGAGGGGAUUCUGGGUAUCACUUCCAAAAAACAUCUGUAAUGAUGCCAAAAUGGCAGCUGAUGUCACCAAUGAAGAUCGCUGUUGGAAUGGACAGACUCGAGGAAGGUACCUGCCUGAUGUAACAGGAGAUGGGCUGGUGAAUCAGAUCAAUAAUCCAGAGGUGGAGGUGGAUGUGGCUCGUCCAGACAUCAGGACACGGCAGUUGAUAAUGGAGCUGCGUGUGGCCACUAACAGACUUAAGCAUGCACAGGCAGGACAGGAUGCUGACUUCAUAGACAGUGAGGGUGAGGAGAGCAGUGGGUCUGGAGGUGGUAUGGGCAAUGAGAGGUUUAGUGAUGACUGGCCGGGUCAUGGUUCCUACUACCCUCCACACAACAAGCCCUCGCGAAACUCACCCGGUCCCAAUAAACCUCCAAGGACUCGUGACAGAACCGGCACCAAAUGGAACCGUUCCGGUCGGACCAAAUCAGUGGCCUGCCCACAAGUUACCUUAGCGUCUUUGUUUCUAACUGUGACACUAACACUAUGUCUCGCUUUUCUGGGUACCGUGGCUACCAUAGCAUAA